CGACAGAGGACGCUGAGAAGUCACGAACGAUGCUGGCAACGGGCGAUGGCCUCACAACCGCCCACACGAGCGAGCAUCUCUGAUCGACGGGCUGCCUCGCAACGACAACAACGAAGUCGACCCGCCAGCGCCCUUCUGCCCUCGCCCCUCGAUGAGUCGCGGUCUGGCGCAGACUCCAAGAGCGCGGUCCAUCACCGGAAGACGUCAACCACCACCGAGACUAAGCGCACCACCGAGGCUCGUCACACCAUUAUCAGGCGCACGAUCAGUCCAAUUAAGCGCGACAAUGGCCCUGCACGGAAAAGCAGCGAGGCAGAGCGGCCGGUGUCGAAGUUCAGCGUGAGGAAACAGUCGGAUGAGGCGGUCACACCAUGGAGCCCUCACGCGACCCUGCUUCCCUCCUCGUCUGCACCUCUGGCUUCACGAAUAUCAGUGCCUCCCGAAGCGAAGCGCGCACCAGCCGGGUUGCAGCCGCCUCCUUUGCGGAGUCUAUCACUAGAUGCUCAAGAAAGGGCAAUUGUAGAUGACCUGUUGUUUGUGCUCAUGGGAUUUGAAGGCCAAUACAUCCGCUAUGUCGAACAGUAUAACCCACUGGACGAGAAACUCAAGCUUGCCGGACCACAGUUCCAGAUACAAUCCGGGCUUGACCCCAGCUUACGAGAUCUCGCGUACGGCAUGCUCAAAACGGCAACGCACUACUGCGCUGUGGAAGCAUUUGUCGAUGUGCAAAGUCGAGAAGAGAUGGGCGCAGUCAACCACGCCCUAUGUGCUGCCAUGAGAAAAUUACUCAAAGACUACAUGAUCUUGAUUGCCCAGCUCGAGCACCAGAUGCUCACUAACGAUACCUUCACAUUACAUCAGUUCAGUCUGCACACUAAGCCUACAGCGCACAUGAUGCUACAGCUAUAUGGUGUUGCUCAUGAGAUUCUCAAGGAGAACAGUAUGCUUGACAGUGAGGAUGACUCAGACGACUCAGACGACUUUGAGAACAUCUUGGAAUCGCUGAAAGAGGGCAAGGACGUUCAAUUGCCAGGGAAGAAGAUUUGCAAAGGCGGAUCUGUAUUGAGACUCCUCACUAGGCGACUGGCUUCGAUGGCCGGCGAUCCACCGGCUCGAGAACUCCUCACGACAUUGCUACGGGAAUCCAGCCGACCGUACAUGGCGAUGCUGAAUGAGUGGCUUCACCAUGGUAAUGUUCGAGACCACCACCAGGAGUUCUUGAUUAAGGAACAAAAGUCCAUCCGGCGAGAGGGUCUGGAACAGGACUAUACUGAUGAGUACUGGGAGAAGCGGUACACAAUACGGCAAGAGCUCGUGCCGCCCCAGCUAGAAUCGCUCAAGGACAAAGUUUUGCUUGCUGGCAAGUACCUGAACGUUGUUCGAGAAUGUGGUGGCAUUGAAAAUGUAACCAGGAAUCUGGGUGCGAAUGACGAGCUACCCCAUACCUUCGAGGACCCUCGGUUCGCGGAGAAUGUUUCUGGAGCCUAUGCGUUCGCGAAUCAGAGCUUGAUGAAGCUCCUCAUCACGACACAUGGACUGCCGUCGCGACUCCGAAGUUUGAAACACUACUUUUUCCUCGAUCGAAGCGACUUUUUCUCGUAUUUCCUCGAACUCACACAUCUGGAGCUUAGGAAGCCCGCUAAGAGCGUGAACAUUGGCAAGCUACAGACUCUUCUCGAAACAGUGCUUAGACAGCCGGGGUCUGUGGCAGCCGAGGACCCCUACAAGGAGGAUGUCACCGUUGUAAUGAACGAUGUCGGAUUGACCGGCUGGCUGAUGCGAGUGGUCAACGUACAGGGUAUGGACGCCGACGCAACUUCGCUUUCAACGUACACGCCGGCCGUGACGAAUGAAAAAGAAGAGAAGGAGAUAUCUGGCUAUGAAGCGCUCACCUUCGACUACGGGGUCCCUUUCCCGCUCUCUCUGGUGGUGAGUCGAGUCACGUUGACGCGAUACCAACUCCUUUUCCGCUACCUCCUCAGUCUACGGCAUCUCGAGACUCUUCUCACCAGCUCCUGGACUGAGCAUACGAAAGUCAAGUCUUGGUACCACAAAUCCAAGUCUGAUCCCGCGGUGGCGAGGAAGAUUGAGAAUUGGAAGCGUCGUGCAUGGUGUCUGCGCAGUCGGAUGCUGUGUUUCGUGCAACAGCUGCUGUACUUUUGCACCAGUGAAGUCAUUGAGCCCAAUUGGCUGGCGUUCAUGUCACGGCUUUCGGGUGCGGAAACGGAUGACGAGGCGCGGGAAGUCGAAGCUGGGGCCAAUGUGAAGAGGACAGUGGACGAGUUGAUGCAGGAUCAUAUUGAUAUGCUGGCGACGUGUUUGAAAGAGUGCAUGUUGACGAACUCAAAGUUGUUACGGAUCAACUCGAAAGUCAUGUCAACGUGCACACUGUUUGCAAACUACACAGCUUCAUUAUCUCGCUACCUCGCAGGUGCGGAUCCCGAUCUCGCGUCACCAAACUCGUCCACUUCUUCCAAGAACGCGUACGACCCUGCCAAACUCGACAAGCUGUUUUCGAUAUUGCAACAGUACGAGGAUCACUUUAGUCGACACCUUAAGAUUUUGCUGGACGCGCUCAACUAUCUGGCAGCAACGGAGACGGUGGUAUUUCUCGGGCUCUGUGCUCGGCUUUCCAUGGCCAACGAAGGUGGUCCAGGAGGUGGUCCAGGUCCGGGAGCUUAUGGCUAGGGAGCCGCAUCCAUCUGAGACUUGCUGACUACAUCAGCCUUGCACAUUCUGAGUUUAGCGAUGGUGUUGGAGGAGGUGGAGGAGGAGACGGAGGAGGUGGAGGAGCAGGAGGACCGGGCUGAAUGCAUGGUGGAGCAUAGCCAGCAUAGAAUGCAAGUACUGAUUACUUGCUUAAACGAAGUCAUGAAUGCAUCCCGUUCAGUUUUAGAUGUGUUCCCUCUCGACUUGUUCUUCGUGAAGCAUGUCAGAAUCAUCGUCCCCUCAAUCUCGGAUCACUCGGCCUGGCACUCUCCCUUUCACUUGGACUCUGCGCUAGAGGACUAUUCAAAGUCCCACUACCACUUCUAUUCGCCAGACGAGGAUCUACCCUCCCUGGAGUAAAUGUGGCAGAACCCGUCCGACUCGUCGUAUAUCCAGUAGUAGUAGCAGUAGUAGUAGAACCCGACCUCCAUGAUGGGUCUAUAGCAGCAACAAGACCGCCGCCACCACCUGUACUACUCACCCUUCUCGGACUACUAUUACUGAUCAUAGUAGACUCUCUUCUUCCACCUCCAACGCCUCCAACUCCACCACCUCCCAUACUUCUACUCAAAGCAUCCGUAUAAAAUUUCCUCGCAGGAAGUGCAUGAGCAUCAUACCGCGCGAUUUGCGCCAGAGUUUCUCUCGCGAGGCGAAUUUCCAUGGGAGGAAUCUUCUGUGGAACUCCCUGGGACAUUUUUUCUUCUUGUUCUUUUUCUCUUUCCUUUUCUGCGGAAGUGAUGUGAGGGCUCACACCGAUGGGAGCUGGAUUUUUGUUAUUGUAGUAGCAA